CAGGGUGAAGUAUGUGUGGAAGACAUCAGCUUGGUCAGAGUGUGACAUCCUACCAGGAUCCUCUGGAAGUGAAGAUGGAGAUGAUGAUGAAGAAAGAGGACCAUGUGGGGGAGGGCUAGCAUCUAGAGAAGUCUUCUGCACCCAUGUAAAUGAUACAGCAUCCAUGCCACUUCCAGUUGACCUCUGUGACCCUGCAGACCGACCUGGGACCAUAACAGACUGCCAUGUACCCUGCUCUAAGCCAUGCAGGGUGGGCCCAUGGACCAGCUGGGGACCAUGUAUAUCAUUUGCAUGCGAUGUGAGAGGGACCAAAAAGGCAAAAGGACACAUCCAUCGUUCAAGGGAGAUUGUGGCGCCCCCAGAGCAUAACGGCUUAAAGUGCCCCCACCUGACAGAGCAUGCCCCUUGUAACGUUCAGCCUUGCUUCAGAUGGGUGGUGGAGGAAGCAACCUGUCAACCAAGUGAUGCACAGACUAUGUGUGGAGAAGGCGUCAUGACCAGAAACGUCUACUGUAUCAACUCGCAAGAACUUCCAGUUGAAGAUGAGUCUAUGUGUGAGGCCCUUGUGAACAAGCCUUCUGAAGAAGUAACCUGUGAAGCUCCCUGCUCAUCAGACUGUGUGUUAGGCAAGUGGGGGCCAUGGAGUGAAUGCUCCCAGUCGUGUGAGUCUGAGACAGGCAGGCCUGGUGGGCUCCAGGAACGCUACAGGACUAUCUUGGCUCAGCCUGGACCUGGUGGAGCAGCAUGUCCUGACAUGGAGAUUGCCGAGAUGAAGGAGUCACGGGUGUGCAACCAUCAUAGUUGUACCCUGUUUGGUUGGCUUACCACUGAGUGGGGAGAAUGCAUGCCGAGUUUAGACAAUACCGAUCAGAUGUUCACACCUGAUGAGUAUGGAACUUGUGGGAUGGGAACCCAAACCAGGAAUGUCAGCUGCAGUCGAGUCAGUCCAGCUAAGAUUGCACCAGAUAAAAGAUGUUUUGCGCCAGUGCGUCCACCUGCAUCCAGGCCAUGUGAGGUGCAGUGUACAUUGGAUUGUGAAGUCUCUGAGUUUGGAGACUGGACAUCCUGCCCCACAACAUGCUCUUCAGAUGGAUCGCUGGCUACGCAAGAGAGAAGACGUUACAUCUUACAACAAACUCAGAAUGGAGGUGAGGAGUGUCCCACGUUACUCCGAGAAGAGAGAACAUGCAACAAGCCAGACUCCUGCUAUUCCUACACCUGGUUAGUUGGCACGUGGACCGAGUGUCGGUUGACCGGGAUAGAUGUCGUUAGUAUGGACGGAAUCCACGAGCAAUGCGGAGAUGGGCUGAUAACCAGAGGUAUCCAGUGUGAGCGGAGUGAUGGGAAUAUCAUGGAGAGUGACCUGUGUCUGCAAUAUGGACCACCAAUGCCACCAUCUUCUGAACAAUGUAGGAUAGAAUGUGCAGAUGAUUGUCGUAUGACAGAAUGGUCACCAUGGAGUAACUGCCACUCUCAAUGCACUGGUUCACAGAUUAGAAGACGGAGGAUAAGUGGUCACAGUCGGCGUCAACCAGAGUGCUUGAAUAACAAGAUCAAUCCCGUGAGCGAGUCACGCCCCUGCAAGUGCCCCUCUUACCGCCUCGUCCCCAAAGGAAAAUGGUCCGACUGCCUGCUUGGAGGACCUCAGUUUGAGGUGCAAGGAUUACGAGGAAAUUCAUAUGACGAAGAGCUGGAGUGUGGAAACGGUAUAAAGUAUCGACCACUGGUAUGCCUCGAUCAAGAUGAUAGAUAUGUGGAGGUAUCACAUUGUGGAACUUCAAAUGAUUUCAUGGAAGAACACUGUGCCAUCCCCUGCCCGGUCGACUGUGAACUGAGUGACUGGUCGGACUGGAGGUCGUGUACAGGUCGUAUGCACAGCGGCAUAGGUGUGACCACUAGAUGGCAGCAGGUUCUACAGCAAGCGACAAAUGGAGGUAGACCUUGCCCAGUGCAUGAUAACAACUGGAAUGAUGAGACGAAGAAGUGCAGCUGGGGUGUGAGUAGACUCGAUGCAUCAUGGAAGGCAGGAGAUUGGGAGACCUGUGAUGUCAGUAAAGUCAUCAGUACGAAUGAUGGACGGGAUUGCGGUAAUGGAGUCAAGAGGAGAGGUGUCUCCUGUGUAAUUCCGAUAGACCAUGGUUUCCGAGCACAAGUAACUAAUCUUUCAGCUUGUGACGCUGGAAGAAAGCCUGAACUGGUAGAAGCUUGUAUUGAACAUUGUCCAGGACAAUGUGUGGUCAGCGGCUGGACAGAAUGGACUUCAUGUCCACAGGACUGUCCGCAAGACACCUUCCGUACCCGCAACCGUCUCAUCUUUCGCAAUCCGAUCGACACCACUGACGACACCACUGACGACAACGGCGUCAACAACCCCCUGAGCUGCCCUCACUUGAUUGAAAGAGAACAGUGUAUGCCCGGGAUCAACUGCUUCACCUACACCUGGAACUCAACGGAAUGGAGCCCCUGUCAGCUAGAGAAAGGCAAAAUCUGUGGAGAAGGGGUUCAGGAUAGGCUCCUACAAUGUCUGCGAAGCGAUGGACGCAUUGUGGAGGUGUCCAAGUGUGAAGAGUUUUCAACAUCAAUACCUCUGACUACCUAUCUAUCCUGUGAAGUGGCAUGCCCGGUGGACUGUAGGCUGACACAAUGGACUCAAUGGUCAGAAUGCUCAAAAACUUGUGGCAAUGAUGCUGUAAGGACGAAACAUCGCAGUAUUCUGCAGGAGCCCAACCAGAAAGGACGACCAUGUCCUGCGACCUUGACCCAAGAUAAACCCUGCAAGGCUGUACCUUGUUAUGAUUGGGCGAUUACACAAUGGACUGAUUGUACAACACUGAUUGGUGAAUGUGGAGCUGGUGUGCGAAGGAGGAACGUGACCUGCCGUCAACCUAAUGGGAUGGCUGUAUCAGAUAGCUACUGUCUCCUGACAAGAAGCGCAGAGCUCUACGAGAAAAAUACCAACGUCACAUCACAUGGAUAUGAAUUCUUAGAGAGAGAACAUUCAUGUGAGGUACCAUGUCCAGGUGAAUGUCAUCAUACUGCAUGGAGCCAAUGGAGUGUGUGCCAUAGAACAUGUGUGCAAGGUAGACCUAUAGGUUCUGAAGGUAUCCAGGUGAGAUCUCGUGCCACUCUUACAACAGAUAGAGUAUGUCCAGGAGAUGACUGGGAAACAAGGACAUGCUCAGGGGAGCGAUGUUAUUUGUUUGAAUGGUUUGUUGGUGAAUGGGAGAGAGACCAACGAGAUGUCUGGUGUCGAAGGUCAGAUGGACUCAAUGUUACAGGUGCAUGUACCCUUGAUAAGCCAUCUAGUAGCUCUACAUGUAAUCCUGAAUGUCAUAUCCAAUCAUCAUACUGCACUGAAGAUAAUAAAUGUGUAUGUGAUGCGGGUUACAAAGCCAUAUACAGUAUGUCUAGUGGUCAACUCGAGGCGUGCCUCCAUGUAGGGUUCAUGUCUCCUAUGGUUCACACCGAGUCAGACCCAUCGCUAUCCCCUGGACCCUCCAGUAGACCAGGAACUGCUGGAGAACUCAGUGAUGCUGGGGAAACAGGUACAGGGAACUCCGUCAACACUGACUGGAAUAAUAAUAAUAAUAACGCACAGCCAGGCACAGGACAAAAGAAGCCUACCGCAACACCGAAACCACCACAACAAACAUUUCUAGCUUCGCUUCCUCCUUGGGUGUAUGCUAUAGCAGCAGUUGUAGUCCUUCUGAUAGUGAUUGUAGCUGUAGUUCUCUGCUGUGCUAAGUGUGCACCUAAGAAGAGAGAGGAGGAGAAAAAGCCUGAACCAGACUACUCUAUGUACUGGGAUGAGACGGUCCAGAAGAAAUACACUGGAGAGAUCGAAUUAUGACUAGAUGUUAACAAACAGAAUACAGAGAUUGAGAAAGGCCAAGCCGCGGCGGUGGUCAACCGUCGUAGCGUGGCCGCAUGCACAGCAACGUCAGCAGGUCCAACCAGGGAGAGGAAAGAUGUAGAGAAGGAGCUAGCGAGGAGGAGUGAUGGCUUCGCACUGGGCAAUCAGUCAACAUACGUCAGCUAUAGGUUUUCCAGAGAUGGAACCGAAGUUGGAUCACAAUGUUGAUCGGGGAGAGGAGAUUAUUAUGAUAAAAACAAAAACUUUUGACCAAACUUCUUCAUGCUGCGUUGUUGAUUUUCUUACUACAAAAAGACACAUUAAGACUGAAAGAGAUCGCUUGAUCAUCGUAGAGGCUUGAAAAGGAAGAAAUGUUAACGUGAAUGGCAGAGAAAGAAUUGCCCCGUGUUUAACUUCUGUAAAAGAGGAAAUUUCAUGUGAAAGUCAUUGUUGUUUUAGUCAUGACCCAAGAUUUUCUGUCAUCUGGUUCCUCAGAUAGAAAUGGUGUACUUCCUAAGCCGAAGGCAAGACUAUGAAUUAAACUCACUGCGCAAAGAGGACAUCUGCGUGUAAACUGAGACAUCCAUUUUCAAAGAAUGCAGUGAAUUAUACUUUAACCUUAUUUAUUUGACCAUGGUGUAACUUUGCAUGCAAAUAUGUUCUCGUUUUGAAAACAAGCAUAUCCAACGAUCAUUGACUGGGAUACACAAGCUGACUCUGUACAGAGCAUACAUGGAUGAACUCAUAAUACAAUUACUCUUCCUGAUGAAAUUCUAUGAGUAUGAAAAUGGAAGGGGAACAAAUGAUCAGCAGGAUUUGGGUGUGUACAGUUUUAACAGUGAUUUAGUUGCGGCAAGCAGUUCAUGGUCACAAGGCUACUGAAAUUACCUUCCAUAGGAUUUGUACAAGAUACUUGGUCUGAGGACAAGGCCAAGACCAAGACCAAUCAAAUAUGGCUUUGAUGCAAGACCAGACCAGACAAAAACACAGUUCACUAGCUAGUACAUCAUGAAGAACAGAGAAAGGUGCAAUGAGGUUAAAAUGUUGAGAAAAUCAGCAGUUGAGAAAGUAAUCUGUUUGAGUGAUGAUGAGAAGAGAAGGUGGUAAAGGAUGAUGAUGAUUUGUAUAUUCUAAGAGAAAGCUUCUAUCCUUGUAUUCUGUUUGUUUAACUCUGUUGGUCAAAGGACUUCUAUAUGAAAUAAUGUGCUGAAUUAAAUAUGUACAAUGAAAAUGUGGCUGUGUUUGAUUCAGUUGAUGAUUUGAGGAAAUUAAGCAAGAUUCUUUUGAUAUGUAGUAGUUACGAGGAGAGGAUACGGAAAAAGUGUUAUUUGUCAAAAAUAGGACUAAGAUAUUAAAAUUUUACAUAAGGUUAUUACAGUUGGAUAACAGUCAAUUGUGAAAAAUGAAAUCAUCUUUUGUAAAGUUUACAUUAAACCUUAUUUAUUGAGAAAGAGAGAUGUUAAGAUGGGAAAACCAACUUUUUAGCCUUGCAUUGAAAGAACGUUAUACUUCCUUGGUGCUAAACGGAAGAAACCAUUGUGUUGAUCAGAGAUGUGUUGUAAAAGUAAGGAGAAAAGAUAGAAAGAUCACAUUUUGAAAGAGAUUGUUAUGACGGCGUAUAACAAGAUAAUCUAUCCAUUGAAAUAAUUCAAGAAGUUAUGACAAUACAAAGCAAGUAUAUUAAUUUCCAAUCAAACUUUAAGUCAUAUUUCAUCUUCAUCUACACCAAGAAACUCACUCAAAUGUGGCAAUAUCAUUCAUUGAGUAAAUCUGUAGCAAUACAUGUACAUUCAUAAAUAUCCUCAGAUAUGUUUUUACAGAUAAAGCAGGCAAACUUGAAAGACGAGGAAAGGAAAAUUACAAAGAACGUCCUGACAUCGCAAGAAUAUUUUUUAUUCUAUGCAAUUUCAGAAAAAUACGGAAGAAAAUAUGUGCUUUCAGUCUGAUACGGCAGAUAUUUUUAAAGUUACUUUUUGAACCAUUUUUCCACUUUUGCGCUACUUAAAACAUUGCAAUGGUAUAACCCUCCCCUCACCCUAAUAUAUUCUCGCCAUAUGACACCUUGUUAUUUGUUAGCAGUUAGUCUGUUUCUGUUAACACUUUCUCUCAAACUCAGUAAUGUUCAGAAAAUAUGCAGAUCAAAGCAUUAUUUCCUAUAUUGUAUUGUUUAUGAACAACAGAAUGGUCAUGCCAUAUUUUCUAUUUUCAAUCAAAUCUCAAAUUUGUGUAUCUUACAAAAGAUGCUUAAAUAAUGCCAUAAAACAAAUAUGAAAAGCAAGAUCUACUGCUAAAAUAUGUGAGGUGCAUUAAUAGAAUAGGCUAUUGAUUGUACAAAUUUUGUAAAUUAUCUUCGUGUAUAUUAUGAAGUGGAUAGAAUGUGCUGUUUUUAUGGAUUUCUUUACAUUUAACAUGGAAUGUAAAGUAUGUGGUAUCAUCAUAAUUUCAAUUAACAUGUGAUUGAGAUCUAAUCAGAAUCAUUAUCAAAUGAAAGAAGAUCGGCUGUAAAUAUAUAAUCAUACAUGUAUGUCAAAGAAGGUGUCUUUCUUUUACGUUGUUUGUUUAUCUGGGCUAAUAUAAUGGUAUAAGUAUUAGAAAGCAAAGGGGUUAAAAGCCACACUUUAUUAGAAGUGAUUGUGAUGGAGAUGAUUUGAUUCCAGUGUGUCUAAAAAUCAAAACACACAUUUUUUGUUGAAAGAAAAUAUACUAGACUGUUAGACUUUCUGUAGAUUUUCAACAUAAAUAUUGGAGUUUUUAAUAGAAAUUUCUCUGCAGAAAAUACAAAACUUGUGGAUCCUUAUUGUUGAUGAACAGGUAAUUUUUGCUGAAUAAUUACUUGAGUCAGCUAAAAUUGAGCUAUUGAUCAAAUUUUAAUGAAUUUGCUAUUCAAGGAAUUUCUUUUCAGCAAUAUCUUUGGUUAUUUGACUGUAAUGUGAUAAAAAGAAGUAUUUUUGUGACAAAACAAAUGUAUUUCCCUUUUCCACACAUAUUUAUUCUACCUAUAUACAAUUGUAGCUUAUCAUGUAUACCUGUUUAUAAGAUAAUACUUGUGUAUUGUGAGUUCUUGUUAUCAUGAACAACUUUUAUAAACAAAAUAUAUAUCAAUUCAUGCAUAAAUUUGUAUACAUACAUGUGUGAUCAUUCCCUCUACGAAUAUACCCAUAGGCAUGUGAAAUUUGCUUUUCUUUCCAAUGCAAUUUUAGAUGAGAAACACUAGAGUCUGUUGUGCACAGAAUAUAGAUAAGAAUUUGAGUCUGUAUUAAGCAUCAUCCCACCUCUAUUUCUGUUCUCCCUUUACAUCUACACUGACAUAUAUAUAUUUCGUUUGUUUUUGUGUCAGAUGUCUUGCCUUCUCUGUGUAAGUAAUGUUAAUCUGAAUAUAAAUAUUCAUCCAUCAUCUUUCAAUGUCUCAUGUAAGUAUUGUAAAUACUGUUUAUUUUACUAAAUUAUUGAAAAUGAUAAUCCCUGUCGUGGAUGUGAAAUCGCCAAUGUAUUUUCUAUGAAUAUGAUAAAAAAGGUUUUCUUUUUUUUCUUCCAGGUUUAUGUUCUGAAAAUAAAGGAAAUUAUUAUUUUUGUUUGAGUGGUGUCAAGUUUUAAUAUGAAGAUGUAUGUAGUCUUUUAAAUAUGCGUGUCUAUCUUUCUUUUCUUUUCAGAAUAAAGAACAAUCAAAUUAUCAUAAAU